AUGACGGUGAUGUCCGGAGAGAACGUGGAGGAGGCUUCUGCCGCCCAGGGCCAUCCCCAAGAUAUCAGCUAUCCCAGGCCAGCAGACCAUGACGACCAUGACUGCUGUGAAAGGGUGGUGAUCAACAUCUCUGGGCUGCGUUUUGAGACACAACUUAAGACCCUGGCACAGUUCCCCAACACAUUGUUGGGGAAUCCCAAGAAACGCAUGCGCUACUUUGACCCCCUGAGAAAUGAGUAUUUUUUUGACCGCAACAGGCCCAGUUUUGAUGCCAUCCUUUAUUAUUACCAGUCUGGAGGGCGCCUGCGUAGACCUGUCAAUGUGCCCCUGGACAUGUUCUCUGAGGAGAUCAAGUUUUAUGAGUUGGGUGAGGAGGCCAUGGAGAAGUUCCGAGAGGACGAAGGUUUCAUCAAGGAGGAAGAGCGCCCAUUGCCAGAGAAGGAGUACCAGCGCCAGGUGUGGCUCCUCUUUGAGUAUCCUGAGAGCUCUGGGCCUGCACGGGUCAUUGCCAUUGUCUCAGUCAUGGUAAUCCUCAUCUCUAUAGUUAUUUUCUGCCUGGAGACCCUGCCUGAGCUAAAAGAAGAAAGGGAAUUCAGCACCUUUCAACCAAGUGACAACACAACAAUCUACUACAAAUCCAACAUUUUCACAGAUCCCUUUUUCAUCGUGGAAACAUUGUGCAUCAUCUGGUUUUCCUUUGAACUCGUGGUGCGCUUCUUUGCCUGUCCCAGCAAAACAGAUUUCUUCAAGAACAUCAUGAAUUUCAUUGACAUCGUGGCCAUCAUCCCCUACUUCAUUACCCUGGGCACUGAAAUGGCAGAGCAGGAGGGCAACCAGAAGGGUGAGCAGGCCACUUCACUGGCCAUCCUAAGAGUCAUCCGAUUGGUAAGGGUCUUUAGAAUCUUCAAACUGUCCCGCCAUUCCAAGGGACUCCAGAUCCUAGGUCAGACUCUCAAGGCUAGCAUGAGAGAGCUAGGUUUGCUCAUCUUUUUCCUUUUCAUUGGGGUUAUCUUGUUUUCUAGUGCUGUAUACUUUGCAGAGGCAGAAGACGCUGAGUCUCACUUCUCAAGCAUCCCCGACGCUUUCUGGUGGGCUGUGGUGUCCAUGACCACUGUAGGAUACGGUGACAUGUACCCUGUGACAAUUGGAGGCAAGAUCGUGGGCUCCUUGUGUGCCAUCGCUGGUGUGCUGACAAUUGCCCUGCCUGUACCUGUCAUUGUGUCCAAUUUCAACUAUUUCUACCACCGAGAAACUGAAGGGGAAGAGCAGGCUCAGUUGCUCCAUGUUAGUUCCCCUAACUUAGCCUCUGAUAGCGACCUCAGUCGCCGUAGCUCCUCUACUAUCAGCAAAUCUGAAUACAUGGAAAUUGAAGAGGAUAUGAAUAAUAGUAUAGCCCAUUAUAGACAGGCUAAUAUCAGAACUGGCAACUGCACUACAGCUAACCAAAACUGUGUUAACAAGAGCAAGCUCCUGACGGAUGUUUAA